AUGCUGAAACUAGAACAAGCCUUCAUGUUCUGCAGAGUGGUCCAGCAGCUGGAUCCCAAGUUUUCCAAGUUGGAGGGCAGUAGAGUCUUGACUUUGUACUUUGUUUUCCUUUCAGUUAACAAGCACAAGCCAUGGAUUGAAACCACCUAUCAUGGCAUAAUUACAGAAAAUGACAACACGGUGCUCUUGGACCCUCCUUUAAUAGCCCUGGACAAAGAUGCCCCUCUGCGGUUUGCAGAGAGUUUUGAGGUGACAGUCACCAAAGAAGGUGAGAUCUGUGGAUUUAAAAUUCACGGGCAGAAUGUUCCCUUUGAAGCAGUGGUGGUGGAUAAAUCCACUGGUGAGGGAAUAAUCCGCUCGAAGGAGAAGCUGGACUGUGAGCUGCAGAAGGACUACACCUUCACCAUCCAGGCCUACGACUGCGGGAAGGGACCAGACGGGGCAAAUUCCAAAAAAUCCCACAAAGCCACGGUCCACAUCCAGGUGAACGACGUGAACGAGUACGCGCCGGUGUUCAAGGAGAAGUCCUACAAGGCCACGGUGAUCGAGGGCAAGAGGUACGACAACAUCCUCAAGGUGGAGGCCGUGGAUGCAGAUUGUUCCCCCCAGUUCAGCCAGAUCUGCAGCUACGAGAUUGUGACUCCAGAUGUGCCCUUUGCCAUUGACAAGGAUGGUUAUAUAAAAAACACAGAGAAGCUGAGCUAUGGUAAAGAACAUCAGUAUAAACUGACAGUAACAGCAUAUGACUGUGGGAAGAAGAGAGCUGCUGAGGAUGUGUUGGUUAAAAUUAGCAUUAAGCCUACGUGCAAGCCUGGCUGGCAAGGUUGGAGCAAAAGAAUAGAGUAUGAGCCUGGCACUGGUUCCUUGGCUCUGUUCCCCGGGAUGCAUUUGGAGACGUGUGAUGAGCCAAUAACCUCCGUUGAAGCAACAGUUGAACUGGAAACCAACCAUAUUGGUAAAGGCUGUGAUAGAGACACCUACUCAGAGAAAUCCAUCCACAGGCUCUGUGGUGCUGCUUCUGGCACAGCUGAGCUGCUUCCCCCUCCCAGCAGUGCUGCAAACUGGACCGUGGGCCUUCCCACGGACAACGGCCACGACAGCGACCAGGUCUUCGAGUUCAACGGCACCCAGGCUGUGAAGGUUCCAGAUGGGGUUGUCACAGUCAACAUGAAAGAGCCCUUCGUGAUUUCGGUGUGGAUGAGGCACGGGCCUGGAACCAGGGAGAAGGAGACAAUUCUGUGCAACUCAGACAAGACAGACAUGAACCGGCACCACUACACCCUCUACGUCCACAACUGCCGGCUCGUUUUCCUCUUCCGCCAGGACCCUUCGGAGGGAAAAACCUACAAACCUGCUGAAUUCCACUGGAAGCUGAACCAGGUGUGUGACAAGGAGUGGCAUCACUACGUUGUCAACGUUGAGUUCCCUGCAGUGACUCUUUAUGUAGAUGGUGUUUCCUAUGAUCCUUUCCCAGUGACUGAGGAUUACCCCCUGCACCCUUCCAAGAUAGAAACACAGCUGGUGGUUGGAGCCUGUUGGCAAGAAUAUACAGGAAAUGAGAAUGACAAUGAAACUGUGCCCGAGACCUCUGCAGGUGGAGAGCUCCGCAUGGCGCAGUUUUUCCGAGGGAAUCUGGCGGGUUUGAUGAUCCGUUCUGGGAAACUGGAAAACAAGAAGGUCAUCGACUGUCUCUACACCUGCAAGGAGGGGCUGGAUUUGCAGAUGCCCGAUGGUGUUGGCAAAGGGGUGAAGAUCCACAUGAACCCAAGUCAGUCAACACUGACCAUAGAAGGGGAUGACAUUGAGAGGGUUGACAAGGCCAUGCAGCACAUUUCCUACCUGAAUUCCCGCCAGUUCCCAACUCCGGGCAUUCGGAGGCUGAAGAUCACCAGCGUUGUCAAGUGUUUCAAUGAAGAGGCCUGUGUCUCCAUCCCCUCUGUGGAGGGAUAUGUCAUGGUCUUGCAGCCAGAGGAGCCAAAAAUCAGCCUGAGUGGCAUCAACCACUUUGCCCGCUCUGCCUCCGAGUUUGAGAGCUCUGAGGGCGUUUCCCUCUUCCCUGAGCUUCGCAUCAUCAGCACCAUCACCCGGGAGGUGGAGCCGGAGGGGGAUGGAGAUGAGGAUCCCACAGUGCAAGAGUCUUUGGUAUCCGAGGAGAUCAUGCACAACCUGGACACGUGUGAGGUGACAGUGCUGGGAGAGGAGCUGAACCAGGAGCAGGAGAGCCUGGAGGUCGACAUGACCCGGCUGCAGCAGAAGGGAAUUGAGAUGAGCAGCUCCAACCUGGGCAUGAUCAUCACAGGGGUGGAUACUAUGGCUAAUUAUGAAGAAGUGUUGCAUUUGAUACGCUACAGGAACUGGCACACGGUGUCUCUCUUCGACAGAAAGUUCAAGUUGGUCUGUUCGGAGCUCAACGGGCGCUACAUCAGCAACGAGUUCAAAGUGGAGGUGAACGUGAUCCACACUGCCAGCCCCGUGGAACACGCCAACCACAUCGCGGCGCAGCCGCAGUUCGUUCACCCCGUGCAUCAUUCCUUUGUGGACCUCUCUGGUCACAACUUGGCCAACCCUCACCCCUUUUCAGUUGUUCCCAGCACAGCCACUGUUGUGAUUGUUGUCUGUGUGAGUUUCCUGGUGUUUAUGAUUAUCCUGGGAGUGUUCAGGAUCCGAGCUGCACAUCAGAGGACGAUGCGUGACCAGGACACUGGGAAGGAAAAUGAGAUGGAUUGGGAUGACUCUGCUUUGACCAUCACUGUGAACCCCAUGGAGACUUAUGAGGACCAACACAGCAGUGAAGAGGAAGAGGAGGAGGAGGAAGAAGAAAGUGAAGAUGGAGAAGAAGAUGACAUCACUAGUGCAGAGUCUGAAAGCAGCGAGGAGGAGGAGGGAGAGCAGGAGGAGGACCAACAGAAUGUUAAUAGACAGCAACAGCUGGAAUGGGACGACUCCACCCUCAGCUAUUGAUUCCCGCUGUUCCCUUUGUCUUUCUGUUCCCGCUCUAGAAGACUCCACUGUAACACACUCCAUUGGUACCGAGGAUUCAUGGUGUUUAAAACAAAAAAAAUUCAUUCUGGCCAGUAGAUUGACUCCCCCACCUCCCGUGUUUGUGUUCUGUCAGUCCCUGAUGUUUAGGGUUGUAGUUUAGCACCUCUUCCUUCAGCCUUGCCUCAGUGACUGGAUUUUUUUUACGCUCUGUGAGGAACCACCUUGCACUUUUUUCUUCAUGUCAUCUCAGCUAAGUGACUCUACAGCUCUGUAGCCAUUGCACAUGAAUUUCUGAACUGUCUUUUUUUGCUCAGUGAAACAAACUUGGCUUCAUUCCUUUUUUUCCUCUUUCUAAAAGAUGCAAAGAUUGCUUGUUGACAAAGGGUAAAGCUGCUCAUUUCAGCCUGUUGAUUUCUUUUUAAUUUUUUUCCCCCCGAAUUAGUGCAUGUGUAAAGUGGCAGAAUGAGGUUAAUAUGUAGAAGAUUAACAAGACUUUUUAAUAUUUUGUAAAUAUCUUGGAAUUAUGUAAUUAUGUCAUUUGUGGUAGUGAAAAACAGGGAAUUGGGGUUUAAAACACGCUAAAGUGAAAAAUCAUGCAGCAUGAACUAUUACAAGUCUCAUCCUACUGCAGCAGGAGCACGGGCACAGUUCUUAGUGUAGAUGUUCAGUAACUCUGUCCUUGGCCUUGACUCGAUGUGCGCUCCCCGCUCUCCCUCAAUUCCUUCCUUUUCUUUAACCCCCUUUAUUUUGCAGAGGGAACACAAGCUUGUGAGAAAUUGUAAAGGCUUUAGGAGCCUCUGCAGAGGUUCAGCUGCCCUGUGCAAUACAGUUGUUGGGGUUUCAUUUUUAUUUUUUUAUUUUUUUUUUUUUUUAAUUUUUCUUUUCCCUCUCCAAUUAAGUCUUGGCAUAUAAGGGCUUUUAAGUUAUUGGGGAAAAAAAACACUACAUGGAUGGUGGGCAGAUCCAUGGGGCUGUGGGGUGUUGCCACAGCUCCUGUUAAUUCCAGGGAGGCUGCCUGUAGUCCAGUGCUGGGCUGUUGGUACUGACAGGGUGGGUGUUUGUAAGUGAUGGAUUGUAAUGAAGCUGGAGAGCCUGAGCCCUGGGGACCUGUGCACCUUGGCUACCGGUCUACGUAAAUAGGGGUUUGGGGUUUUUUUAGUUGUUCAUUUUUUUUCUGAUUUGGCAGGGGGAGGAUUUGGGGUGUAGCUGAUCCCACUGACCACUCCUGCUCCUCCCCUGCAGCCCCUUGUACAGUAACUCGGACUGUCGGUGUUUUAAGCCUUUGUUUACACUUAGUAAUUGUGUUUUCCUGCUGGUGAAAAACUGUAGCAUAAAUCACCCAACCAGAAAACCUUGGGAAUCAUGUUACUGUUAUUCCAAGUGGAGCUGACUGGGAUUGUUUUCCAUCACAGUUCUGACUUGGGACUGCAAAGGACAAAAGCUGGAAGGUACGAAAGUGCUGCUGCCCCGGGGUGGGGAGCGCUGGUUUUUCUGUCAGGCAGGGCUCGUUUAACUUUCUUUGGUCUUAUGCAGAGUCUUGAAUAAUGAAUUUCUGCUUGAUUUCUAUGGAGGUGGAUUAAAGAGUAACUUGUUUUGCUUGUAACAGGAGCCUGGGACUGCAUUCCCUCCUCAGCACGGUAAGCCAAGCUCCAGUGUUUGCUGGUGGGUGCAGAGCCCACACGUGUCACACACAGCAGGGCCAGGGGCACUGGGGACGGUGCCAGAGGAGCCAAAGGGUGGGGCACAAAGGGUCCUAAUUAACCGAGAGAGAUAAAAGAUUAAGGGCUGUUCCAAAUGCUCGGUACAGUUUGCUUUUCAGAGCAGACCUGUUCUCACCUCGUGGUGUAACAGGACCUGUGGUGGGUUUGAUCCGGGGGAGCCUUGACUGUGGAGUGCCUUUACAAUAGGAGAUGGACCUGGAAGCAGGGAAGAGAACCCACACCAGAGCUUACCGUUUUUUUGGGGUUGUUUUGGGGUUUUUUUUAAAUGUAAAAUUUUAGAUUUCUAAAAUGGGAAAAUGGUUUUGACUACUUACGUGGUAAUUAACUGCUAGUUUUAAGUAAACUGGGAAACUUUUAACUUAUGUCUGACAGUUGUCCUGUGUUAAUGUGUAGAAGACUUAUCCUUCCAUAUACUGUUGCUGUAGCUGCUGUAUUUUAGACCAAAACUGAUCAUGACUUAAUGGUAAUACUGAGGGGUUGUAACGUCCUGAUGCAGUUUGUAGCCACUGUGGGUAUAACUUUUCAGAUGUGUAUAUUGGUAACAGGUCAGUUUGGAAAGUCUAUAAGCUACAAUAAAUUUCUGGUUCUAAA